CGGGGUGCCGGCAGAAGAGUUUCAGAAAGAGGAGAAGGCGACGGAGGAGAUGGAGCAAGGUGAUGAUGAGGAGGAGGAGGAGCAGGGUGAUGAGGGGGUGCAGGCGGAAGAGUGGCAGGAGGUGGAGGAGGUGGAGGAGGAGGUGGAAGAGGAGGUGGAGGAGGAGGAGCAAAGUGGAGGUAAACAAAUGUGUGUGUGUGUGUGUAUAUGCAAGUCGCUAUGGGAAAAAGUGUCUGCUAAAUGGGAGGUCUACUUUGUCCACUCCAUGUAGAACUGUCUAUGAAGACUCCCGCCUUCGUCCGAAUGAAGAAGGUAUUUGACCCUCCUCUGGGGGAAGGCAGUACGGCUCCUCAACAAGGUCCUCCAGACACGCGGAAGGCUCCGGCCAAGCCCAGAAAGGUGAGGGCUAAGCAGGCGCAAGCCAGCCACCUCCCAAAGAGCUACCUGAUGAGCACCUUCAAGCACUUUGCCAAGACCAGGGUCGCGGCUGAUGUGUUUCCCGCCCUGGACAACAUAGUGGAUGCCUACUUUCAGCGAAUGGCGUUGGACUUGGAGACGUACGCGCAUCACGCCAAGAGGAAGACCAUCGAGGUCGCCGACGUGGAACUACUGCUGAGGAGGCAGGGCUAUGUUACAGACAAGGUUCCUGUGGAAGUCCUCAUUGAGAAAUAUCUUCCCAUGGAAUACAGAAGGAUGCUCAUCCCCAUAGCAACCAGCGGAAAUAUCGUCAUCCCUAAAAAAAAAUAACUAUUAUUUCUGAGUACCGGAUGACUUUAAAGAAAAUGACGAUCACAUAAGGAGAAAGAAUAUUUGCUUGGUGUUUCUAUUAUUGUUGUUCCUUCUCUUUGUAGCAUCGUUUUAUAUGUGCAAUAUUUCUCCUUUUUUUUUUAAUAAUAAAUUUAAAUAAAGAUUUGUUUGUAAAUUA